AUGUUGUGCUCAUUAUCUGGAGAAGUAGAGAUCACUAAACAUCAACCAAACCGAAUAUUGCAUAUCCGAGACCUCGGUAUGAGCUACGCAUACAACAUGAAGAGUGAAGAGCCUAACUCCGUAAUCUUAACACUCAAUUACACCACAACGAUGAAAUACCAAGUCUUGAUCACUGAUGAGCAAGACGCAAAAGUUGCCGGCAAACGGCGAGCCGUAUACCUCCGACCUUUCCUAUUAUUCUGGCUCAAUUCUCUCUUCGCGGAAGUCAUCUUCCUCGCCGUCGGCGUCUUCAUCAUGACCGGAACUCGCGACCUGGUUUACAAAGUGCUAUGGACGUUGGUAUUCUGUCCAUUAGGCAUGGGCGGAGCAAUGGGAGGCCUGAUAAACUGCUUCAUUGUCGACCAUUAUUACGGAAAGAAGGCAGCUCACUCUGCGGGGAUUCUUGCAUUGCUCGUUCUGAGCAGCUGCAACUAUCUCUGCUACAACCUGGACAGACAUUUUGGUUGGUUCGGGGCAUCGGAACAUCCGUGGUGGUUUCACUGGCGGUAUCCUAUGAUUUGGGCGGUUGGCUACUUCAAUGGGCUUCUUUUGUUCACGGAUAAGGGUCAGGAGAGGCUUGCUAGAAUGGGGCUCUAA